UAUCGAUGGCAGUAUUAUGAGUGCACCUGAUGCUGAAACAACAAUAUAACAACCAUGAAGGAAUGAGGACUUUUUAUCUAGAUGAACAGUGCAGUUUUUUUUUGUGGAUAUUAAAUUUGUUGGAAUUCAGAUUUUUUUUAAGGCGAUUUUUUAAUAUGCUUUUAUGUUAGGCGGACUUUAAGACCACAGUUUUACAAAACAGAAAAGGGAAGAAAUACCUUUUUAUUUUAUUUUUUGUUAUUCAAUCUGCCACCAUGGACUCCAAUAAAAAGCAAAUAACGCCCCAGUUGUUGAUGGCUGUUGGUACAGCUGUAAUUGGAUCACUGCAGUUUGGAUACAACACAGGAGUCAUCAAUGCACCUCAGAAGAUCAUUGAGAACUUCUUAAAUGAAACAUGGAAUAAGAGAUAUUCAGAGUUCAUACCGUCAGGCACGCUAACAACACUAUGGUCCGUAUCAGUGGCUAUCUUCUCUGUAGGCGGCAUCUUCGGCUCCUUCUCAGUCGGGCUGUUUGUAAACCGAUUCGGCAGGAGGAAUUCAAUGCUCAUUGUAAAUGUCCUGGCCUUCAUAGCCGCUGCUUUUAUGGGCUUCUCCAAACUGGCCGAAUCUUGGGAGAUGCUCAUAAUCGGACGCUUCAUUGUGGGUCUGUACUCUGGCCUGUCCACAGGCUUUGUACCAAUGUAUGUGGGAGAAAUUUCCCCAACUUCAUUACGGGGGGCGCUGGGAACUCUUCACCAGCUGGGCAUUGUUAUUGGCAUCCUCAUGGCACAGAUCUUUGGCAUUAAAGAAAUCAUGGGGAACUCUACAAUGUGGCCCUUUCUGCUGGGCUUCACUUUUAUCCCAGCCCUCCUGCAAUGUGCCCUGUUACCUUUCUGCCCUGAGAGCCCACGUUACCUACUUAUCAACCAGAACGAGGAGGCCAAAGCCAAGAGUGCGCUGAAGAAGCUACGUGGAACUGAAGAUGUGGGUGAAGACUUGAAUGAGAUGAGGGAGGAGGGCAGGCAGAUGAUGAGGGAAAAGAAGGUCACCAUCCCCGAGCUCUUCCGAUCGUCUCUUUACCGUCAACCCAUCUUCAUUGCCAUCAUGCUACAACUCUCCCAACAGUUCUCGGGAAUCAAUGCUGUUUUUUAUUACUCUACUGGUAUAUUUGAGGAUGCAGGAGUGUCUGAGCCCGUCUAUGCCACCAUUGGUGCUGGAGUUGUGAACACAGCAUUCACAGUUGUGUCUCUCUUCAUAGUGGAGCGGGCUGGUAGAAGAUCACUUCAUCUCAUUGGACUGAUGGGAAUGGCUGUGUCUUCUGUUUUAAUGACUAUUGCUAUGGCACUGAUAAAACAAGUGCAGUGGAUGUCAUACGUCAGCAUUGCAGCCAUCUUUAGUUUCGUGGCAUUCUUCGAGAUCGGUCCAGGCCCUAUCCCGUGGUUCAUUGUGGCAGAACUCUUUAGUCAAGGCCCACGGCCGUCUGCCAUCGCCGUAGCUGGAUUCUCAAACUGGUGUGCCAAUUUCUUGGUGGGAAUGUGCUUCCAGUAUGUUGAGCAACUGACAGGCCCGUAUGUUUUCAUCAUCUUCACCGUUCUGCUGCUGAUCUUCUUCGUCUUCACCUACUUUAAGGUCCCGGAGACAAAGGGCCGGACGUUUGAUGAGAUCUCCGCAAGCUUCCGCCAUGGGACAGAUAAAUAUAAUCGAGAUGAUCUGAACGCACUGGGGGCAGACUCCCAACUUUAAGCUCUACGUUAUAAUAAUAAAUUAUACAUUAAUGCUAUCACUAACCAAGUGACAGUCCUUGAGUAUCGAACAGUGGGUAUGUUCACAGUGGCAUGCUGUCAUAUUAUUCAUACUUUGAAUGCAGGAGAUUUAAAGGUGCAAUGUGUACAUUUUAGGAGGAUUUCUUGAAUACUAUAUACAUAACUAUAUUUUCAGUGGUGUAAAAAUACUUUGCAUAAUGAAACGUUAUGUUUAUAUUAUCAGUCAUAUAUCAACAUUACAUGGAAGUUGCCAUUAUGAUUUUGGGCUGCCAUGUUUCUAGAGUAGCCUUAAAUGGACAAACUGCUCUACAGAGCACGUUUUGUUGUCUGAGACAAUGACAUGUUUUUCCUGUGGGGGCUAUCGUUUCUCUAUGUGCUUCAGAAGGGAGGGGUGAGUGGUUGCAAUUCGCAAGCUCAGCGCUAGAUGCCGCUAAAAAUCUACACACUGCACCUUUAAUGUAGUAUCCAUAUGAUUGCACUCUUAACUUUAUAUAGAGGAGAGAGAGUGAGAGAGAGAGACAGAGUGAGAAAGCGAGAGAGAAAAAGCAAGAGAGACUAAAAGCGAGAGAGAGAAAGCGAGAGAGAGAGAAAGUGUGUGAGAGAGAGAGCGAGAGAGCAAAAGAGUUCUUUAAAAAACAGCAACAUAAUAGUUUUAAUUUAAUUUUAAUCAAUACAAAAUGGUUGUGCCAGCAGUCUACCAUACUACAGAUUAGUAAAUACUUAUACUAGUUUUAUAUAUUUUAACAGUGUCCAGUAUACAGUGUAAUAUGAUGCACUGUAAAAAAAAUUGUUGGUUCAAUUUGAAAAAAGUAAGUUACAUGGUUCCCCUAAUAUUUUGAGUUCAUUCAACUAAAAAAUAUAAGAUUGUUGUCAACUAAUAUUUUUAAGGCAACCAGGUAACUUACUUUUUUUAAGUUAAACCAACUUUUUUUUACAGUGUAUAGACAGUAUUUUAGUAUUGAUACAGUAAAGAUAUUCAAGAGCAGGGCAAACACACGGGAACUUUCCAUUUAUUGCUCACAGUGCGUCCUAUAGUGACUGUUUAUUAAUUUAGUUUUUAUUAUUCUGAAAUGCUGAAUAGUAAUAAUAAUAAUGACUAUAUAGUGUGUUCUUUUCGGCAUGUUCACAUGCAUAUACAUUGACAUAUGGAAGGUUUUUAUAUAUUUGUGUACUACAAAAUCAUUUGAAUGAUUUAGCAUUCAAUUGCUAAAUUCAUCUUAAGGAUACAGGGUUUCUUUUGCACUUGCAAUUUUAAGAAAUAUUUUCUAUUGGCCAGUCAACAUAUGCUCUAAAAAUGCUGGGUUGUCUUUAGCCCAUGGUUGGAAAUUUUUGAAAAGAGUGCAUUAUGGGGCAUAAUAGGGUCAGAACUGAAUAUUGGAGACAUUUUUAUGGUGUCAGAUAUGUGUUCAUUGAUACUUGAACUGUGACUUUACCAAGGAUUAUGUCAAGAUUAACUAACAGAACGUUAUGUUUGCGUGUCUAAAUUCUUGUUUAAACUGGAUCUUAUUUUGACCUCAAACAAAUUAACUAAUUAAAAUAAUAUAUAAACAUCUUUCUACUGUAACUAAUAUUACUAUGGUAUGAUAUAUGCAUGUAAUAUGUUUUAGAUGGUUCUGUCCAAAAUGCAUAAUUGGUUUGAUUUUGUGCAUAUUGUUGAUGAUGUUUGUGUGAUUAUGAGAAUUUAGUAUAUUGUUAAUAAGUGCAAUACUUGUUCACCUAUUCUUGUCUAUUUAUUUCACAUAUAGUACUAGGCAUUAUAAAUAAAACAAGCUUUCAGUGGAUUUGUACACUUCAAAUGUAAAAAUAUGUCUUUUUUGUGUAGAGAUGUUUUUUAGAGCAGAACUGCAAAUAAGUUUUAUUUUAAAUGUACUUAGUAUUUUGAAAUCAUUCAACUUCAUUAAAGUUGACGUAUGGUUUUGUUCACUGUGUCACAAAAAUUGCAUUAGAAAUCCAAAAAAAAUGUGCCAACCAAGACCUGACAUUACUAUGAGAGUUAUAUUUUUUCAAAAUGGUCAAUUAAAUUAGUGUCUUUUUUGAUAAGCUUCUAUUCAGAUAAAUACUUAGACUUUACAUAAAGUUGUUUUUACAUUAAAUUACUUAAUAAAGAAUUACUCCAAACACCACAAGAUGGCAGUAUUUCUCUCUGCAAUAGUUAGAUUAAAAAGCUGUCAUA